AUGCCCAAGCGGAACGAUGAUGCCUUGGAUGAACUCGAGAGUAAGUUCUCCUUGGAAAUCGAAAAAAUUUAGCAAUUUCAGGAAAUUUUGUAAUUCGAGUGAUCGAAAAGUUCUCAAAACAACGAUCCGACAAACUUGAGAACCAAUCUAAAGGUACAAUGCAUGAAAAAUUAUAAAAAUUGAAAUGUUCGCAGAUUUCGCAAGGUUUCUCGGAAUGAUCAAAACGGAAACGAUUAUGGGCGAACAGGACAGAAGAUAUGUGACACUGACAAGACUUGUGGUGAAAAAAAUCGAAAAUUCUAUUGUCAAGUCAACGCUUUUGCAGAAAAUUCUGGCGAAGAUGCCGGAAACAAUCAGGGAGUUUUUGCCACACAGCACCGUCUCGGCACUCGUCAAAAUGACCAAUUUCAACAUGACCAUUGACAUUGCGCUGAUCGGUUUGUCAAUUGGCCCGGAAAAUACUGCAAAUACCAAUUCCAGAGUACUUGGUGCGAACUGUCGAGCACUCCGAAAGGACCUACAUCAAAUUGCUCGACUUUUCAGAGAACAGCCGCGAAAUUUCAUGCAUGGCGAGUGAUUAUCAAUCGUUUGUUUUUAAAUCGAAUAAUGAAAUGUUUACAGAAUCUUGAAACUUAUAUCAAAAACGAGUACAUUCCAACGAUGGUGGAAGAAGUCGAGGUAUUCCGAAUACUUUGCAAAGUUCGUGAACACAUUCUAUUUCAGAAUGCCGAGUACUACGCCGCGUUUGCCGCCGGAAUAAUCUUCUUUAUUUUGGGAGCACGAAAGAAAGAGUUGAUCUCUAUCCAGGUUUCGGCUUCAGAUUCAAAAUUUGAAUCUUAAUAAGAAUAUGUUUAGGAUCUUCUCGCUUCGACUCUCCUACUGUGUUUGGAGGAUUGCAUUCAAGCGGAGAACGGCGGAUUCCCGUUACCGGCCGUCGACAUGUUCGUUCUCGCUUUCUUUCGAAGUCCCAAUAUUUCUUGUUUAGUUUUACUGUAAAAGCGUUCCGCGAGACAAUUUGCGAGUUUCGAGACCUCGACACGGACCGAAAUGGAGUGCUUUCCCCGCAGGAAUUGCUCCGUUUCAGAGGGUUCGUCCAGCCCUAUUUUCCACCGAAUUCAACAUUUAAAAUGCUUCAGUGGAUUGUUCAACGAAGUUUUCAUUGAAAGAAUCUUCCAAAUCUCGCAAACGUACGAAAACUGCAUCGAUUUUAAAGGAUUCGUCGAUCUCGUUUGUGCUGUCGAUUUCCGUCACGUCAGUUGAAAAGGUCCGAACGGAAAAUGAACGAAAGUGAUUUCAGACGCGCGCUUCGGCCAAAUACCACUUCGAAGCGUUCGAUUUGCAAGACGACGGACUGCUCGACGGCAAAGAAAUCAGAACGAUGGUGGGAGCGAAUCCUGGAGAUUCUCAUGCGAAUUCCUUUUGCAGACCAUCCUGCAGGCAUACGUGACGCAAACCGAAGAGCCGCUGAACUUCGAUCCUGACGUCAUCGACUGCGAAAUGAGGGAUCUUCUGCAGCUGACGAAGCCGAUCACCCCGAGCGAGUUCGCCGACUCCAAAAUCGGCCAUUUAUUCUCUGGAUUCGUCAGCAACUUCAGAGACAUGCAAAAGUACGAGGCACGCGAACAGUGA